AUGGCAGUCUAUCUGAUCUCUAAGCUAGCUGACCCCCUAUUUGCCGUCACCAUCGGCAUUGCGGCUUCCGCAUCCCGCAUUCGCCGCGACCAGAUCGAGAAGAACCCAGAGAAGGCGUCAGAAAUCGGAUAUGCGACCAUUGUUCAACUUGGCCAGCACCGUCUGCAGCGAUGGUGGAACGGAGACUUCCAAGGCUUGUGA